GUUGUUUCUGUUUGAGAUCAUUCUGAAGAAAAGUAGGCUUGAGCCUCGCUUUCGUGAGCACACAUGGGGGGAGCAUUUACGGAUCCCCUUGUGGCACAAACUGCGAAGCCAGGCUUGAGCCCAAGAACGGCCUUGUCUGAAAACUUGGCAUUAUGUCUAAACCUUAUCACAGCCACUUUGGGCUGCGGCAUUCUCAGCUUGCCAUGGGCAACAGCUGGGGCAUCUCUCAUAUCGGCCAUUUUGCUGACGCUGGUGAUUCUCGCUGUGAAUGGAGCGACCAAUAUGGUAUUGGUUUAUGCAGCAGAGAAGCAUCACACCUUCGAUUUGGGAGCUUUGCUUGGAUGCCUUCCAGCCCAAGGAAAAGUGGCGAAAGCAUUCUGCGAAAUGACAAUCUGGCUUACUGUUUUCAUGUGUUUGGUGGGAUAUUUGAUCGUAGUAGCAGACAGCAGCGAACUUUUGCUGCCUGAGUUGCCUCGCGCUUUCAGAGUAUUCAUGAGUGCAGGCGUCAUUUUGCCACUAUGCUUCCUAGAUCAAAAGCAUUUGGCCUUUUCAUCAACACUAAGCAUUGCUGCCAAUAUCUAUGUUUGCGUUCUUUUGGCGACGCUGUGCUUUUCUGGCUGGCGCAAGCCGUCCGAAGAUGAGGCGGAGCAAGAUUUCUGUUUGCUAGGCUAUGGGGAGGGCACUGUGACAAUGGUUAGUGCACUUAUGCAAGCAGCAGUUGUGCAAAUGUGCAUCCUUCCAAUGUAUGAAGAAAUGGUUGGCCGCAGCCCAGAGCGCUUCGCAGUGUGCUUGACCUUCAGCUUCAGUUUUGUCGCACUGCUGUUUGCAACUUUCUCUGCAGUCGCUUAUUUUGUUCUUGGACCAACCGUCUCUUCAAAUGUUCUUCUUGACCUGCCUGCUGGGAUCUUCGAUAAUUUGGCCCGUGUUGCUAUGGCCAUUGCAGUGAUUGGUGUGUAUCCCAUUUUGCUGUCUUCAAUGGUUGCGCCGAUCAAGCACCGCAAUGAUGAAGGAUCAAGCAGGUCCUCUCAGCCAUCAGUUAAAGACCGGGAGCAAGGCUGGCCGCUUUGGGCAUAGUUGCCUGUAGUGGGGCUGUGGCCUCAUUAACCUCCAACCUUGGACAGGUCAAUGUCGUCAGCGGUGCCUUUCAAGUUUUUGUGUCGUAGUGCGCUGGCGAAGGUGUUCACAUGACUCUACAUGAGAGUUGCUUAGGACUACUUUGAGG